AAAGUGCAGUAUAGUACAGUUAAGAAACACAGAUCUACAUUUGCGCUGGAGCGGAGUCGCGGAUCCUUCUGUCCUACGGCCAUUUUGAGCGAUCAACCUGCCGAUUCUAAGCGACAAUUAUAAGGAAAAAUGGAGAACGACUUGGGAAAUUUGGUUGACCUGUACAUCCCCCGAAAAUGCUCGGCGAGCAAUCGCAUCAUCCAUGCGAAAGAUCACGCAUCUAUACAGUUGACUCUGGCUGAUGUCGAUCCAGAAACAGGACGCAUGACCGACACCUAUAAGAUGUAUGCAAUUUGUGGAGCGAUUCGUCGAAUGGGAGAGUCCGAUGACUGUAUUGUGAGAUUGACGAAAAACGAUGGAUUACUAGCAAAGAACUUUUAAUCUAAGUUAUGUGACAAGAUUAUUUUCAAUAAAUUAAAAAAGGUAAAACAAA